GUGUUAUAUUAAUGUUAAAAGUCCCUCUUGAUAAGUGAACGGGGAAUCAUUCAUUCAUUACGCAUACCAUAUAGUUGCUGCUACCUGUACUCCAAAAACACACUUUUCCAAUCAUUUAUAGCCCCAUUGCUGUACAAAAUUGAUUAUAUAUUUUGAACACACCUGAGAAAAAAAACGGAAAUUGUUACCGAAAUAUUGGAAUUUUUUUGGCGGCUGUUCAAUUAACUUCAAAAGACUGCUGAAAAUUCAUUUCGCUGAUCCAAAGGCAUUUUUCAAAUAAACUCACCUCUUUGAACCCUACAUUAGUAUUAUUGGAUAUUACAGCCUCCUUCCGAUCAUAUUUCACCCCUGAAAACAUCUAAAGAAAGGCAAAAAUUAUAUCAAAAGCACGCAAAAAUAUUGUUUCAAAAAUUUUUAAUUUUCAUGAUCCGAUUUCAUUUUUAAUCCCAUAAGUAUAACCCUAAACAUUUAUAAAACCGAAAGUAUCAAAAAAGCUUUAAAAUAUCAAAUUUCACUAUAAUAAAAUAACUAUCGAGUUAUAUUAACAAUGAGCGAGUGGACCAGUAGUCUCUUCGGCUGUUUUGAGGACAUAAAAACAUGCAUCAUGACCAUUAUUGUGCCAUGCUAUGUCCACGGAAAGACGGCGGAGUCUGUGGGCGACAUCUGUCUCCUCCAUUGCGUCCUCACCGGCAUCCCGCUUCUCAACGUCUACAGCUGGGCAUCAGUCAGAGGCAAGGUGCGAUCUAAUCGGAACAUAGAGGGUGGAUGUGUUUCUGAUGUGGCAGCUGUCGUGUGCUGCACCUGCUGUGCUAUCUCCCAGUCGGCUAGAGAGGUCAGCGCCCUCGCUAUGUCACGCACGUGAUCAGAAACUCGAAAUAAAGUGUUUCUAAAAAAGGAAACUCAUGAUUGAAUUUAUA